AUGGCCUUCAUCAACCAUCAUCGCAGUAUCAUCAUCACAGCAUCGGAUUUGGUUGAACUGUUUUCCACCGCUGCUCAUCAGUUCGGCGGCAAAUUUAAAUUAAUUAGGACGUUCUUUUCGCGUUUUCCUCCGAAGAUGCUGACAACGGAGAAUAAUAACGGACCGGCAGUUCCGCCUCGAAGUCACACCUUACCGCAUCAACAACAGCAAGUUGUAUCCUGUCCGCAUCUCAGCACUCUGUCCGGAGGAUCGGUCGUCCCUGUGGUGACAGCAGUCAGCAGCAAACCACCGCUUUCGAUAAUCAAAUUCCUCGAACUGUGUUUGGCCACAACCUGCACAGUUCUCCAUUACUACAGCUUCGACGAUGGCGAUUUGGUAACUGGUUUCAUCUCAACCGGAACUUUCUGCGGUUACAUCGUUAUUCUGAUUACGGUUAUGAUAGGCUACCUCAUGAAGGCGCACGUCCAUCGUCGCUUGAAUCUGUUCUACAGCCUGCUGGGAUGUGCCCUCUUCCUCACCUCGGGCGUGUUCAUCAUCCAGGCCUGGGAGCACGCGUUCCGCACGCGAACACGCGAUUUGGCCAUCACGAAGGGCUCGGUUGCUUUGAUCAAUGGCGUCAUCUUUCUGAUGGAUACUAUCUUCACCUUCCGUGACCGGAAGUAG